GUUCUGAGGAACCUGCGGAGCGUCAUCAGUCUCACCUUCCUGCUGGGGAUGACUUGGGGCUUCGCUCUGUUCGCCUGGGGGCCCGUUAACCUGGCCUUCAUGUACCUGUUCUCCAUCUUCAACUCGCUGCAAGGUUUGUUCAUCUUUAUCUUUCACUGCGCUCUGAAAGAAAACGUGCAGAAACAAUGGAGGAGAUAUCUCUGCUGUGGACGCUUCAGACUGUCAGACAACUCAGACUGGAGUAAGACGGCCACCAACAACACGAAGAAGGUGAGCUCAGAAAACCUGGGGAAGUCUCUGUCCUCCAGCUCGUUCGGCUCCAGCACCGCUAACUGGACGUCCAAAGCUAAAGCUACGCUAAACCCGUUCACCAAGAGACACAGUAACACAGAUAAAUGUUACUCCAGCCCGAUCAGCCCUAAGAGCAUCUCGUCGUCCCCUUCCUCCUCAGAGGUGGAUCCCAACUCCUCGUCCUCCUCCUCCGCCAUCCUCCCCGUCAGCCAGAUGAUCGUCAAGGUGAAAGAUUACUGCUCCACGCGCACCGACAACUUCUACAAGAACAUCAUCAUGUCUGACAGCUUUGCCCACAGCACAAGGUUCUAGAGGUUUCUUCAGCGUUCUGGGGUCAGACCACUGAUUCUAGAACCCUAAGGAGAAGUCAUCGACCAACCACUCUCUGCACCUGGAAGUUGCUGACCAACAGUCUAGAACCCUGAAGGCCUCUGAAAGUCAUUCCAGAGCCUUUCAUGAAUCUGGAAAUCCCGGACAAACAUUCUCAAACUCACAAGGCUUCUCAAAGUCUCUGACAGAUAUUCUGUAACCCACCAGGUUUCUGUUAGUCACCAGUGUUCUAGAACCCUUUGAGGGAUCUGGAAAUACCUUUUUCAAAAAUUCUAAAACUCUCAAGGCUUCAACAUAUUCUGUAGAACCCCAAAGUCUUCUGGAGGUCCUUGACAGGAAUUCUAUAACCCUUUGAGAAAUGUACAAAUCACUAAUCAGCUGGUCUUCUAGAAGUUCCUGACAAGCCUUUGAGCACUCUACAGGCCUCUCGAAGUCACUGACCACCAUAUAGAAACCUACGUAGGGUCUGGAAAUCCCUGACAAAUACUCCAGAACCCUCACUGUUUCCUAAAGUCACUGACCAACAUUCUCAAACCCCAAAGGCUUCUGGAACCCCCUGACACAUGUACUGUAACCCUCCAUGAAUCUUUAAAUCACUUAAACCAAAAUUUAGGAUACUCUGGGCAUCUGGAAGUUCCUGAAAAAACAUUCCAAAGCAAUUCGAACCUCUGGACGUCACUUAUCAACACUCGAGAACUUCCAGGGAUCUGGAAAUGUCUUACAAAUAUUUUAAAAACUCUCAAGGCUUAAACAUUCUAGGACCCAAGUGGCUUUAUGUGACCACUGACCAAGAGUCUAGAACAUCUAGAGCUUCUAGAUUUUCCACACAAACAUUCUGGUCACACCUCUGGAAGUCGCUAACUAACAUUCCCAGAACUGCCAAAGACUCUGCAUACCCCUAAAAUAGAUUCUGGAGCCCUUCAGGAAUCUGUAAGGCUCCUGACAACAAUCUGGAAGCCUCUUUUAGAAGUCUAGAAGUACCCGACAUGCAUGUAAAAGGUGUUCACGCCUCCGGAAAAGCAUACCAACAUUCUGGAACAUCUAGAGCUUCCAGAUUUUCCACACAAACAUUCUAUAAGCCCUCCACAAAUCUAGAAGUCACUUGUCAACAACGAGCAUCCUGCAGGCAUCUGGAAGUUUUUGAAAAACAUUUGAGAGCUGCUCACACCUCUGGAAGUUGCUUGCUAACAUUCUAGAACCUUUCAUUUAUCUGGGAAUCUAUGACAAAUGUUCCUGAACUAGCGAGGCUACUGAAAGUCUCUGACAAAUAUUCUAGAACCCCAAAAGACUCUGCAUACCCCUAAAAGACAUUCUAGAGGCCUUUAGGAAUCUGUAAGGCUCCUCACAACAAUCUGGAAGCCUCAUCUGGAAGCCUUUUGGAAUCUAAAAGUACCUGACACACUUUGUAAAAGCUGUUCACAUCUCUGGAAUCCCAUGUUAACAUUUGAAGGAUCUUUCAGGGAUCUGAAAAUACCUGACGAACAUUCUGGAACUAAUCAGGCUACUGAAAGUCUCUGACAAACCUAAUGGGAACCCACUGGGCCUCUGGGAGUUACUGAACAACAUUCUCAAACUCACAGACUCCGAGGAAGCCCCAGAUUAACAUUCCAGAUUUUACCUGUGUUUCUGAAAGUCUCUGACAAACAUUCCAGAACCCACCGGGCCUCCAGAUAUUCCCCUGAAAAAACUCACCACAUUUCUGACUAACAUUGCAGAAGCUUUUCCGGCCCAUCAUAAAAGUAGAACUUGAUCGAACAUGAUGUCACUGUCAUUGACAACGUCUUAAUAAUUUCUGCUACUGUACCCCGCCUCUGGAGCUUUGAAUCUGAACAUCGAUUGUGUUUAAUUUUAUUGAGUUUUAUGUUUCAUUGAGUGCUUUUCUAGAAUACAAAAUGGUUGUAGGAGCCUCUGUGUUAGCUGUGCUUUUCAUUGGACUGAACAUAGAACAACUCAAGUAGAUAGGAUCUGAGAUUUCCUCAGUUGCAAUUCCUUUAAUUGAAACCAGAGCCACCAUCUUGAUGCACUGUAUUUGCUUUGUAUGAAAGUGCCCGCUACGCAACAAAACUCUGAACUGAACUGCAACACAAUGCUACAAAAAACAAUCCUUAGACACCAUAAUCUCAGACAGAGCUGCCCACUACGGCUCUAAGUCUGGGAUCUCCUGGGUAGUUUGCUCUGGUCAGAGCGGGUCCAUGGGACUCCACUGUAUCUUAUCAACGAUAGAAUCGGGCUGACCGCGCUGCCUGACUGUGGAGCUGAGAGGAAAUGAAAGGGUAGCAGAAAAGGGAGGGAGGAUAAACACAAGGUGGGAAAGAAAAAAAGUUAGCUGUUAUGUCUUGGUGUUGUUUUAAUACUGUGAUAUUUGUUUAAACUGGCCCUCUGUGCAUGUGUGUGUGGAGCCAUAUCUUAUGUAAAUAUUGAUGAUCUAUCUAUUCUAUGUGCCUUAUUCUAAAGUGUUUUAAUAGUUGCUUUUGUUCAUGCCUUCUCGGGGUCCUGGAAGGGUGACUGGGACUGUACAUACAAACCCAAACAUAUACUCCCAUCAACCCCUGCUGUGUAGGCACACACGCCCUUUUCACCUCAGUGAGGGACGAGGUUAGUGAGAAGGAAACAUGAUGGAUGACACAGCAAAAGGUCAUUCCCCACUAAGCGAUUCAUUUGAACACGUGCACACUAUGAAGAUGUCUAUUAUCAUGCAAAACAAAGCUGUAUUAAGUUAAACGUAGAGACACAUCAAGAAGUUCUGGUGGAAAUAGCUCAGCUUUGAAAAUGUCGUAAAGCUUUGAAAUGUCACGUUCUGUUAUUAGAUCCUAAACACAAUCACCCCAGGCUACUUGUAAACUCCGUAAUAAUAAAGCUGACUGUUUUCCCGUCAAAAUAUGAAAAA